AUGCAUUCUACACAAAAGAAAAGAAAGAUACAAAAAGCACAAUGCUGCACGACGACAAAUAAGAUCAGAGAAAAAGAAGUUUUUUUCUCUCGUUUUUCAACACCAACACAAAACAAAUUAUCCUUGGCUGAAGUGAAUUUGAAAAUCAUUAUUGAAGAUGAAUAUACUUGUUUACAUGAUAAUCAUCAAUUUAGCAAUGACAACAAUCAUUCUUUUAUUGAAAAUACAUCAGAAGAACUAAAUCAAGGAAAUGAUUAUGAAAUAUCUAUUAUAUCAAAUGAUGCUCAUGCUGGAACACCAUUAACAGAAAAGGCACAAUCAGAUGAUGAAGAUUGUGUCUCGCUAGAAAAAGUACCUUUACACGAUUAUACUAUUGAUUCAACUUAUGAUUAUUGUGAAGCAUUCACCAUCGUUGCACGCCACGCAAAUUUAUCUAAAAAAAGUACAAACGAUUUUUUAUCUUUGAUUAAAUCUGGGCUUCCGAUUCCAAAUAAUAUGCCAACGACAGAACAGGAACUUUUACUGUUGCUUGGCGUUAAUGAAUUAUUUACAAAGCGAACUCUAUGUUUAUUGUGUUAUAAUGAAUUUAGUUAUGACAAUAAAUUUUGUCCACAGCGUUGUUCAACCGAUAGAAGUUCAAUUGCUUGCAUAUAUGACAGUAAUGUUGAAUUAAUCAUACAAAAAAUUAUAGCACGACAAUCAUCAAAUUUUAAUGAGCAUAAAAAAAAUAUUUACAAUAAUACUGAUUAUGAAAAAACAAAAGAUAUUCCAUUUGGAACUCUUUACCAAUAUGUUUUGAAGCAAAAUGGCUACCAAGAUUUAAUCAGCUUGUUGUUGCACGCAGACGGUAUUGGCAUUACAAGUUCAACCAAAUUGAAAAUGUGGAUGUUAAGUGGUUCAAUUGUAGAAUUACCAGCAAAACUGCGUUCUCGUCAAUGUAAUAUGGUCAUCAUAUCUAUUUGGAUAGCAUAUAUCGAACCACCUGCGAAAUUAUGGCUGAAUUACUCUGUAAAUAAAUUGCAAAUAAUAAAAGAUCAAGGUAUUGAUAUUUUGAACGUGAAUCACAAGCUGAUAAUAUUCGGAAUUACAGGUGACUGUCCUGCUUCAAGUUUAAUCAUAAAUUUUAUCAACCACAAUGGAUAUUUCAGUUGUUGGCUUUGUUUUAUUGAAGGUGAACACAUGAAUAAAAAACGCCAAUAUCGUUAUGACACAGUACGUUUGCGAACAACGGAUCAAUAUUUUAAAUUAUCAAAGAAAGCUGAACUUACACAAUCAAAUAUACGUGGUCAUUUAGGCGAAAGUGUGCUUAAUAACAUAUUGGAUGUUGAGUUUCCUGAAGCAAUCGUGUUGGAUUACUUACACGUAUCUCUUUUAGGUCAUGCUAAAUUAAUUAUUUUAUCUGUUUAUAAGCAGCUGAAGCCAGCACAACGUAAAGAAUUAAAUUCUUAUUUGCGCAAUCAAUUCUUUCCUCGUAAGUUAGUCCCACUUGAUCCGAUUAUACUUGUCUUUCAUAUUUUUUCGAAUACAUAUUUUUUCUGGUUUUACAUAGACUUCUUCAACAGAAAGUUACGAUCAAUUGAUAAUUUUGGUUUUGUGAAAGCCACCGAAGUCAGCAACGUUUUAUUUUAUGGUUUAUUGCCACAUCUAAUUUCAUUUAUGCAAAUUGAACAAUAUUCUCAUUUAGCAUUAUAUGUGUGUGCUAUGCGUUUACUACACAGUGGUGAUGUUUUUGAUGAUAAAACAAGUGAAGUUGCUGAUCAAUUAUUUACCGAAUUUUACAAAGACCACGAAUUGUUCUACAAGACCUCACAAAGUUUAAAAUUGCAUUUACAUGCUCAUUUUGCAUCUUUAUAUGAAACGCAUGGAUCGUUAUGCAACCUUGGAUGUUUCGGUCAAGAAUCUUUUAUUGGCUCUGUUAGCAGCAAUCACCAUGGAACGCAGUUCUAUGGUGAUUCUAUUACCCACUUUUACAACAUUGACUUUGCAAUUCAAGAUAAAAAAAAGGAAAGACAAAACUUAAUGGACCUUAUGAUCAAGCGUCCACAUCGGCAAGUGAUUAUGACUAUUUAUUGA